UAUCAUCAUUUGUUAUAUAAACCUAACCACCUUAUAUUUCACUCUAUCAUUUCCUAUCAACUUGUUCCUCUUUUCCGCAAAUCUAGCAUAGAAAGAGACUCCUGAUAUCAUCCAAGUAUCUCAUCUUCAAACCCUAAUUAAAAAAUGUCCAUGAAAGGAAUUUCAUCAGCAGAACCAAAUAAGCUCUCCAAGAUAAUAUCUCCCCACAAGCGCAACGAAGCUCAUUCCGGCGAGCUUGACGUGUUUGAGGCUGCUGUAUAUUUCUCCGGCUAUAACGAAGUCUCCUCCGGCGACCAUAGAUACACACAAAAGUAUGGUUAUAACGCGGCGAGAGAGGAGAGUCGAAGGAGAUGGGGAAUAUUAGGAGGAGGAAGAAGAAUAAGCUUGGAUUUGCCGAUUAGAUGUUCAGAGCAAGUGCAUCAUCUUUACCAAGAUCAGAAGCACGAAGUUACAACAAUCAAAGAGAGAAUUGGUAACGUGAGACACAAGCAACCAAGCUCACCAGGUGGAAAAAUCGCCAGCUUCUUGAACUCUUUGUUUCAUCAAGCGGGUUCGAAGAAGAACAAGUCUAAGUCAAAGCCAACAGAUCGGGAAGUCGAAGAGGAGAUCUCCGGAGGAGGAUGGAUGAAGAGGAGGAGAAGAAGCAGUAUCAGCCAUUUCUUGAGCUCAAGCAGAUCAAAUUCAACCACCACAACGACAUCAUCCUCAUCAAAGUCUCUGUUCUCUUCGUCAAGCUCGGGUUUCAGAUCUCCUCCUCCUUAUUUGAACACUCCCACAAAGAACUAUAAGCAGUUCUUGAAUUACACUUCUGCCACAAACCAAGUGGAAGUUGAGGAAAAGAAAAUCAACAAAGAGUUGUCUUGGCUGGAUGAGAAACUCAAAGUGAUGGAGAGCCUCUCGGAGAAAAAGAAGGUUUGGGCUGACCAUGAUGAUGAUGAUAAUGACGAUGAUGAUCGGAGAACAAAGAGGGAAGGAGAUGAUGAUGAUGAUGGAAUGGAGAGUGAUUCAAGUUCUGAUCUCUUCGAGUUGCAGAAUUACGAGUUAUCUCGUGGAGGCUUGCCAGUCUACGAGACUACCAAUGUAGCUAACAUCAACAACACUCAUCUAUAAUCUCUGUCGUCUCUGAGUGUCAUCAUAUAUAUCAUCAGAUCUUAGUAAAACUUUUUUUUUUGUUCUUGUCUGAUUAUUCUGAAGUUGUGUUACUCUUUUGGAUUUGUUGGGAUUGAUUGUGGAAGCUGCGUCAUGGAUUUGUUUUUUUUUUUAAUGAGAUUUUGAGUGUAGAGUUGAUAAAUACCUAGUUUUCUUGUCUCUCACUUGGAUUUUUUGUACAAAAUUGUUAAUAUUUUGAUUACCAGAUAACGUGGUAAACCAUUUUUGUUUCAUAAGAAAUU